AUGGAGUCAACAAGGAUUGCGCGCAAGAUCCUGGACACCAAGGUCCUCCCUGACUUGUACUUGGGAAAUUUCCGAGAUGCAAAAGACAGACUACAGCUCGCCCAAAAGAACAUCACACACAUUCUGUCCAUCCAUGAGAACGCAGCUCCCUUACUCCAGGAGAUGACCUACCUUUGCAUUUCAGCCGUCGACUUUCCUACUUAUAACAUGGUUCAGCAUUUCAAACAAAGCAUCAUGUUCAUCCACGAGAGUCGACUUAAAGGAGAAGGUUGCCUGGUGCACUGUUUGGCCGGUGUGUCCCGCAGUGUGACGCUGGUGGUGGCCUACCUCAUGACAGUGACGGGGCUGGGCUGGGAGGAAGCUCUGGCCGUGGUCAGGGUGGUCCGGCCCAGCGCUGGCCCAAACCUCGGAUUCCAACGACAGCUUCAGCACUUCCAGGACGAACAAGCAGAACAGUUCCGCGAAUGGUUCCACACAGAGUUUAAAGACAACCCAUUGAACGACGAGGCUCACAUCAGAGACCUGCUGCAGAGCGCGGCCACAGUGAACGGAGCGGCCGCAGUGAACAGAGCGGCCGCAGUGAACGGAGCGGCCGCAGUGAACGGAGCGGCCGCAGUGAACGGAGCGGCCGCAGUGAACGGAGCGGCCGCAGUGAACGGAGCGGCCGCAGUGAACGGAGCGGUCGCAGUGAACGGAGCGGCCGCAGUGAACGGAGCGGCCGCAGUGAACGGAGCGGCCGCAGUGAACAGAGCGGCCACAGUGAACGGAGCGGUCAGCAAAGAACAAACCGAGUCUGAGCAGAUCUGA